AAUGAUUGUAUUAGGACAAAUCAGUCGGUAUUUGAUCACGGUCGUAUGAGAAGCAUUUUUUCUCCAAAUCAUAAAUAUUCCAUUCGUAUUCAAUUUAUUUUUCGAAUUAUAACCCAAAACCAAAAAAAACUACUUCAAAAUGGUUCAUUUAGUUAAAGAUGUGGCUGACUUCGAUGAGCAAGUUAAUAAUGCUGGUGAUAAAGUAGUCGUUGUUGACUUCUUUGCAACUUGGUGCGGACCAUGCAAAGUAAUUUCACCUGUUUUGGAGAAAUUUGCACAACAAUAUGCUUCAAACAUUGUCGUCCUUAAGGUUGAUGUUGACGAAUGCGAGGAAUUGGCCAUGCGAUUCGAUGUUUCCAGCAUGCCAACAUUUGUGUUCAUGAAGGAUGGCAAAAAAGUCGAUAGCUUCAGUGGCGCCAAUCCCGAUAAACUCGAAAAAACAAUUGUACAAUACAUCAACUAAAUUGCAUACACACAUUUACCGUUCUUCUUUUUUUUUUGCUUUGAACACUAUCGCCAUAUUAAAAAUGGGUGAUUACGAUUUGUUUUUAUUGGUCACCCUUACAGGCUUUGAUAAAUAAUUUUUAGCAUUGCGGUAGUGUGUAUUUUGUUCCAUUUUUUUUUUCUUUUAUAAUUCCAUUGCGAUUAUCUAUAUGGAUAUCGAUUUGUGUAUAUGUAUUGAACUGGACGACGGCUAAUUCAGCCAUUGAAUAUACACUGCUUGCACGCAAUUUCUGUAAACCAUUUUUACAAUCUGCUGGAAAAUAAAUAUACUUAUUACACAAAA